UUACACUUGGCACAAUGCAGUCAGCUAAGUACUGUUCUCCUGGCAACUGCCAAACCAGACAGGUCUAUUGGAUUGCCAGACAGAGAAGCGUGAUUGGUCACUCCAGAGAACACGUCUCUACUACUACUGGACUAGAGUCCAGUGGCAGCUGGCUGAGUUGCUGUUGUUCCCAGUUGCUUCCACUUUGUUAUAAUACCACUAUCAGUUGGAAUAUUUGGUAGCAAGGAAAUUUCACUGAUGGACUUAUUGCACAAGUAGCAACCUAUCACGGUACCAUGCUUGAAUUCAGUGAGCUCCUGAGAGCGACGCAUUCAAAUGUUUGUAGAAGCAGUCUGCAUGCCUAG